ACUUAAAACUGAGAGUUGGCCAACAAUAUAUAACUAUUUCAGUGUUAUUUAAAGUGCGAAUCUCAACACAGUAGCAAUCUAGCUAGAAAGAGAGAUCUCGUCGUAUACUAAUUCCAAGUAAAGUAAAGAUGAGUUUGGUAAUGUUGGUGGUGGUGGUGGUGGCGACGCUUGUGAAGGGAGGUGCGGCGCAGUCGGGGUGCACGGUGGCGCUGAUGAGCUUGAGCCCGUGCCUGAACUACGUGAGUGGAAACUCGUCGAGCCCGUCGGCGUCGUGCUGCACGAGCUUGUCGAGCGUGGUGGGGUCGCAACCGCAGUGCCUGUGCACGCUGCUCAAAGGCGGGGGCUCCAGCUUGGGCAUCACGGUCAAUCAGACCCUCGCGCUUGCUCUGCCCGGAGUGUGCAAGGUGCAGACGCCUCCACUCAGCCGCUGUGAUGAUGCUAAUGCUGCGCCUGCGCCUGCUGAUGCUGGUGCUCCUUCUGACGAGGCGCCUGAUUCUCCGACUCCAACAACACCGGCAGUCACUGAUAUUCCCUCAGGUGCAGGUGCAGGGUCUAAGACGGUUCCUAGGACUGAUGGAUCGACCACCAAUUCAGGAAGCAAUGUGGGACCAAAAAUGGGCGUUCUUGUGUUGAUGGCUUCAUUAUGGGCUAUUUCUUGAAUUCCAAUAUUUCCCACAAAUGCCACUCAUUAUAUCUCUUCUCAUUUCUCUGCCAUUUUAAUGUUCCUUUUCUCAUCAUUUGUAACCAUUUCGUGUAAUUUAUUAUUCAUUUGGCUUCUUUGUAAUAGACAAGAUCAUGCAUUAUUCAUACAAGGAAAUCAGAUUUUAUAUAUAUAUAAAAGGAUCAACAAUGAUUUUCCA